GACCAUUUCUUGUUUUCUUUGACAUUUGAAAACCAGGAGAGAAAUAGCAGAAUUACUGCAAAGACAUUAAAAGAAGAACCCAUUUUGAAAAGCUGCAGGAAAUGGAUGAGCCACAGAUGGAUUAUUUAUCAUGCAGCAGUGCAUUUCUAUAAGCAUUCUAUUUGAGUCUAUGGGAACACUGUUCUUUGGUAAAUACUACACAUUGUCGAUAAUGGAUGCAGGUGUUGGACUUGGCUGUCGAGGAGAACAAACAUAAUUUUGUUUUUUGUGCAUGCUAGGAAGACCCUCAACGCUUUUAGAAAGAGAUAUAUGGUAUCCCUAUCACCGCAAGAAGACAUGGAACCAGAGGCUGGAGAACCACAGGAGCAGUCUUUGAAGUCAUUUGCAGAAUCAGUUAGACAUGCCGUUCCAGAGAUUGGGGAAAAAGAGGAUCCUAGGUGUGAAGAAACUAGUCAGCAGUCCUGGCAGAUGCUUGAGGAGCCAAUCAUAAAGCUGCAGAGAAUGAAAGUCACAGGAAAGGAGGUUGAGAAUACAGCAAUGGAAGACAAAGAGGAUGAUGAUGGCAUUGAGAAGAAAGAUAAAAAAGAGACAGAAGAAAUAAGAGAGAUAAAUUAUACUGAAAACAUAAGCACAAGGGUCACAGAUGAACCCAUCACCUCAAACACAAACUUCACAACACCUGAGACCAAAGAAUCAGACACAGAGGGAAAUCGAAAACUGACAAAGACUCCCAGCUUUGGGAAAACAGUUCGCUUUAAGGAAAUUGAGGAAGUGGAGGAAAAGCGUGACUCAUGGGACAGUCUUUUCCCAGAAUAUGAGGUGGAAGAGUGGACCACCACAAGCUUUGAAGAGCUGUUUCUGGCAAAGGACUGGGUGGACAUUACAGAUGACCGUCUGCUGAGGAAGAAGGUGUUACAACCCAACCCUGACGACGCCCUGACCCCUGCUUGGGGUCAAGAGGUCACACUGAAAAUGCAGGCUGUGCUAGAGGAUAGGACUGUGGUUGAAAAAGACUGCAAGCUGGUCUUCGUUAUCGGAGAGGGAGAUGUCAACCAGGCUCUGGAAGAGUGCGCCAUUUCAAUGAAGUUGGGGGAGAUUGCUUUAAUGCUUGCAGAUUCACAGUACACCUACGGACUGCUAGGAAGGGAUCCUGAUAUACCAGCAUGGGCUCCUCUCCUCUAUCAGUUGCAACUUCUGGACUUCAGAGACAAACAAGACCCGCUUUCACUGCCAAUUCCCGACCGGAUUCGCAUCGCCAACCAGAAACGAGAGCGAGGAAAUUUUUACUUCCAGAGGGAAGAAUACAGUAUGGCAGCACAGGCUUACUGUAUGGCUCUGGAUGUGCUAAUGACACAUUAUGAAGGUGAAAACUGCGUAGCAGAUGAAGAGGAGGUCAGUGAAUACCGAGUGAAAUGUCUGAAUAACUUGGCAGCAGCACAGUUGAAGCUUGGACAGUUUGAGGAGGCCCUGCACACAAGUCAAGAUGUUCUCUUUCUCAAUCCCAACAAUGUCAAAGCACUAUUCAGAAAAGGAAAGCUUUUAUCAGAUAAGGGCGAGUAUGAGGAGGCCAUGGAGACCCUGAAAAAAGCUUUGAAACUGGAGCCGUCCACUAAGGCCAUACACGCCGAGCUGUCAAAGUUGGUAAAAAGACAGGCAGGAGAAAAUGAGAUUCAGAACUGGGAAGCUAAACCAGCUCAACUGCUUGGGGAAAACAUAGCACCCUUUUUAACACCUACACCCAAAAAGAAGCUGACUGGAAUUUCUUGGAAGUUUCUGCUUGGAGCUCUGGUGGUGGCCUUGGGCAGUUUAGUCAUAUCUGUGGUCCUGACCGCACAGAACUAACUCUUUUGACCUACAUGCAAAUGAACUAAAAGUCUCACAAACACACAUUCCAGAAAAUGCCAAGAGAUGAGGAGAAAAAAAAACAAGAGACUGCUGGCACCCCAACUAAAACAAAGCAGAAUGUGUGAACAAAAAAGAGAAAGCAAGUAAUAUAUUUAAAAUGAAAGCACAAUUUACCACAAAAAUCUGAAUAUGAUCAAAUACAAAAUAUGUUCUGAUCAAUCAGUAUCUACCAAAAUUCAGUAAACAAACAGGCAUCACAAAACAUUACAGUUGUGUAAUUUUAGAGGAGUACGGUUCAGUUUUUAUCUGUCAAUCUUUAUGUGUGAGUUCUCUACUGCUGGUAAACAGUGGGCGUGAUGACACUUCAUCUUGUAUAAAUGAGCCCACAUUUCCCAUUGCAGUUAAACCUGCCAUCAGUGAAGUGGAACCGCAUCCUGUGUGUACUGUAUCCUCAGUGCUAACCUACACAAAUACUCCUGAUCCACUCCGGAGUUUAGUUUACUAUGUGUGAGCAUUAUCUCUCUUUUCUAACUCCUUGACACUCCUGUAAACAAACUAGUGACUCAUCUGUCCUAAGGAUUUACAGGAAUACUAUGCUGAUGAAUCUAUUACUGCCUCUCUCUUACCCAACCCAGUUAGUGUCGACAUAUUAGAAGACUGUUUUUCACAUGUUUUUUGGCAUGCAGGGGACACGCUGCUUUAUCACUGAUGCAGGUAUUAUAUCUUACAAAUUAGUUUCUUUCAUCAGAUAAGAUCAGGGCACACUCACACUAUUCACUUGAUCCAUGAUCACGCUUUUGUUAGAGAUCUUCCUCAUGUUGCACUGCACUUGUAUCAAAUUUCCACCUGUUAUUAUAUAUACACACUUGUCCUCAAAGUUGAUGUGUUAGAAGCAGGAAAAACAGGCAAAUGUAAGGAUCUGAGUGACUUUGACAAAGGCCAAGUUGUGAUGGCUAGACGACUGGGUCAGAGCAUCUCCAAACCGGAGCUCUUGUGGGGUGUUCCCGGUCUGCAGUAGU